GAGGCCGACCGGGAGGGGAGGGGGCCGUGGGGGUGGCUCGGCGGAACCAGCCCCGGCUGGGGAGCAGCGGCGACUCCGGGGACCGGGGCCAGGGCUUUCCGGGCUUCGGUGAGGCCGCCGCGGGCCCCGUCUUCCGGCUGCCGCCCGAGUUUGUGGUGAUUGUUGCCGCCGCCGCCGCCGCCACCGCCCCGGCUGCCAUCUCCUCCUCCUCCCGGGCCGCCGCCUCCUCCUCUUCCUCCUCCUCCUGGGCCGGGCUGAUCCCCUCCCCGCUGCCGCCUCCUCCUGGGCUGGGCCCGCGGUGUCUCGUCCCCUCGCGGAGCCGCUCCUGCCGCCGCCGCCGCCGCCUCCUCAUUCAUCCUCGUGCACCAUAGGCGGCACAGGCACCAAGAUGUCCAACCGAGUGGUCUGCCGGGAAGCCAGUCACGCCGGGAGCUGGUACACAGCCUCAGGACCUCAACUGAAUGCACAGCUAGAAGGUUGGCUUUCACAAGUACAGUCCACAAAAAGACCUGCUAGAGCCAUUAUUGCACCCCAUGCAGGGUAUACGUACUGUGGGUCUUGUGCUGCUCAUGCUUACAAACAAGUGGAUCCAUCUAUUACCCGGAGAAUUUUCAUCCUUGGGCCUUCUCAUCAUGUGCCCCUUUCUCGAUGUGCACUUUCCAGUGUGGAUAUAUAUAGGACACCUCUGUAUGACCUUCGUAUUGACCAAAAGAUUUACGGAGAACUGUGGAAGACAGGAAUGUUUGAACGAAUGUCUCUGCAGACAGAUGAAGAUGAACACAGUAUUGAAAUGCAUUUGCCUUAUACAGCUAAAGCCAUGGAAAGCCAUAAGGAUGAGUUUACCAUUAUUCCUGUAUUGGUUGGAGCUCUGAGUGAGUCAAAAGAACAGGAAUUCGGAAAACUCUUCAGUAAAUAUCUAGCGGAUCCUAGUAAUCUCUUUGUGGUUUCUUCUGAUUUCUGCCAUUGGGGUCAAAGGUUCCGUUACAGUUACUAUGAUGAAUCCCAGGGGGAGAUUUAUAGAUCCAUUGAACAUCUAGAUAAAAUGGGUAUGAGUAUUAUAGAACAAUUAGACCCUGUAUCUUUUAGCAAUUACUUGAAGAAAUACCAUAAUACUAUAUGUGGAAGACAUCCCAUUGGGGUGUUAUUAAAUGCUAUCACAGAGCUGCAGAAGAAUGGAAUGAAUAUGAGCUUUUCCUUUUUGAAUUAUGCCCAGUCAAGCCAGUGUCGAAACUGGCAAGACAGUUCAGUGAGUUAUGCAGCUGGAGCACUCACGGUUCACUGAAGCUCUGAAUCCUCAGGGAUGCCACCUGCACAUACUCAUACUCUGUCCAGGGUCCCAGCCUAACCCUUACCAAGAUACUGGUCCUGGUUUGGGGGGAUUCUGAAACCUCAAACUAAUAGAACUUUCUUCUCUUCUUUUCUAGUAGGUGUAGUCCUUCCUUAAUUUCAACUCAUUAAAAAAAUGCUUUAUAGUUUAGAGCAGUGGAAGGAAGGCUGGCGUCAAAAUAUUUUGAUCAAAAAAAAAAAAAGGCAAUGUAAAGGCACAGUUGUGGCAGUCAGUUUUUUGAAAGUAACUUGUAAAGCAUUUACCAUAUCCUAAAUUUGCACUCUUUGCAGACUUGUGCACAUAUACUCCGCUUUCAGAAUAGUUUUGCAAAUUGUACACAAACAAACAAAAAGGGUGGAAGCUUUUUAAUAAAGAAAUUGCAUUUAUAAA